AGCAGCAUGGGUGAAUGAAAGGUGUAGAAGCUGCUAGCGUAGGAAGUCUAUGUUGCCUUGAACUUGAUAAUUGACCUUAGUUAUAAAAUAAAAUAAUCAAAAUGCACGAGAGGCUUCUUCCAGCUUCCCCUAACUGGUAUUGCUCGCGCUGCAGCGACGUAAAUAGUGACGGUAUACUAGGUUUUGGAGCUAAAAACACAAUCUACUUGUUAAAAGUAACAGCAACAUCACCAACAGUUUUGGGCGAACUGAAUGGUCACACCGAGAGAGUUUCUGGAUUCGCCUUUUGCCGGCACGAUGGCCAAGAAAACAUUUGCGCGAGCACUUCAGAUGAUAAGACAGUUAAAAUAUGGGACAUUGAUCAGAAAGCCUUAUUGACAGAGCAUUCUGUUCAUCAAAGCAUCAUUUCCGCCAUCCAUUGGUCUCCAGUGGAGAAGGGUCUCGUGGUCUCAGGAGAUGAGAAGGGAAUUGUAGUGUGCUAUUGGCAUGGCAGAAAUGACACCCACAGUUUCUUCCCUGAGCCCAGAACAAUCUUUUGCUUGACAUGUUCGCCACAUAACGAGAACUAUGUUGCAGUUGGGUACAAGGAUGGAAUGAUUGCAUUGAUAGAUAUUAGCAAGAAGGGAGAGGUGGUUCAUCGACUGCGCGGUCACGAAGAGGAGAUACAUGCUCUGACCUGGUGCCCUGAAGCCAAAGAGGAAGCUCUGUAUAGUCUUCAAGAGGACAACACUGAUUCGUCCAACGGGCUAAAAGAUGCUGAGGUGGGAGGCUACCUGGCUUCAGGUAGUCGGGAUCAGACUGUUCGAAUCUGGAGCACAGCCAGAGGCAAAGGCGUGAUGACCCUGAAGCUGCCUUUUUUGAAGAGGCGUGGGGCAGGAGUGGACCCUGGGGUGAAAGAGAGGCUCUGGCUAACUGUGCACUGGCCUAAUGGAAGACCUUCACAAAUCAUAUCCAGUUGCUUUGGUGGUGAGCUGGUGGCGUGGGACCUCAUAAAGUCUGGCAAGCAGAAGUGGACCUUGCUGGGCGGCUCAUCCGAUAGUCAGAACCACAGCCGCAUCGUCUUCAACGUGAACUCGCUGUGCUUGGAGGACAGGGAGCUACUAAUCAGUACCUCUAUGGACAGAGAGAUUAAGUGCUGGGACCUGGCCUUGCUGGAGUGCUGCUGGACUCUGCCCACACUUGGAGGUUUCGUCUAUGCUAUAGGCUUUUCUCCUGUGGCAACAGGCUGCCUUGCACUCGGGGUCGGAGACAACAUGAUCCGCGUGUGGAACACUCUGUCCGUCCAGAAUCCAUAUGACACCAAGACCUACUGGCAGGGCAUCAAGUCCAAAGUAACAGCGUUGGCAUGGCAUUCAGUGAAGGAAGGUUCCUUAGCCUUUGGCACAGAUGAUGGCAAAGUGGGCAUCUAUGACGCUUACUCCAACAAGCCUCCACAGAUCUCCAGCACGUUCCACCGCAGGACAGUCUACUGCCUUGGCUGGGGACCUCCCAUUCCACCUCUGUCAUUUGGAGGGUCAGGAGACAGACCCUCCUAUAGCCUUUACAGUUGUGCUGGAGAAGGCAUCAUCUUGCAGCAUGACCCCUGGAACCUGUCAGGAGAGGCCACCAACAUUGACAAGCUCAUUCGUGACACGAACAAUAUUAAACACAAGCUCUCCCCACACACCGACCUGAGCUGGAAACCUGAUGGGAAAGUUUUAGCCAUUGGGAAUGAGGAUGGCUCCAUCGAGGUGUAUGCUGCUCCCAACCUAAAGUUGCUCUGCUCCGUGCAGCAGCAUCACAAGAUCAUCAAUGCACUGCGCUGGCACCACCCGCACUCGGGCCGGCCCGAGCUCCGAUGCCUGCUCGCCUCAGGCUCCAGCAAUGCCCUAGUCUAUGUCCAUGACCUCUGCAGCGCCAUCGAGAACCCGUCCGAGAGCCCAGUGCUGGUGACUGAGGCCUUCCGCAGUCUGUCUGGCCACACAAACAAGAUCACCAACCUGGCAUGGAGCCCACACCACGACGGCCGCCUGGUGACCGUCAGCUACGACGGUACAGCCCAGGUGUGGGAUGUGUUGAAGGAGGAACCCAUUUGUAACUACAGGGGUCAUAGCGGGCGCCUGCUUUGCGUGCAGUGGUCCCCUGUCGACCCCAACCUGGUGUGGACAGGCGGCGACGACUUUACUGUCCAGGAGUGGGCUGUAUCCAAGCAGGAGCAUGUCAGACCUCCCAAGAGAGUUCACGUUCUAGUAGGCAGGAGGCGUGUGGAGUUGGAGAAAAAGAAGGUGCCACAGAAGAAAACCAAGAAGAAGAAGAAGGCAAUUGGGAAGGGUGGGGCAAAGGUGGAGGAGAACGAAGCCCCCAUUGGAGAGGAGGAGAAAGGAGCAGCGGGCAGCGGACUGGAUGAAGGCCAGUCUUACGACGAAGACGAGGAGGGAGGGUGUGUGAGCAUCUCCACUGCCCUUGGUUUGUCUAAGGAGACCAAUAAGGACGUGUGUGGAGCAGAGAAAACACACAACGGGGGGAAAUCUUUCCUAGCAGUGAAGAAAGAUGUAAAGGAUGAAAAGAAAAAGGAAAAAAUAGAGCUGCCCCUGAAGAAGAGGAAACCACGCUCCAUCCUGCCCCUCAGCACCUCCAUGGAUCAUCGGCCCAAAGAGGAGCUGCAGCAGGACUGCCUGGAUCUGGCAUCUGUCACGCACGCAAAGGGUGAGGUUGCAGGCUGUGUACCAGGCACAGGGGAACACAUCCAGCUUGGCCUGUUCACAGACAGGGAGGCCCUCUUCCAGAUGUUUAAGGAAGAAGAGGAGAGUCAUGUGGAGGCAGGUCACUAUGAUUCUAUGAUGUAUCUGAGGCUGUGGAAAGGCGAUCUGAUUGGAGCGCUGAAUCUGGCUACUGAGAAAGGAGAGCUGACGGACCACUUGGUGAGCUUGGCACCUAUGGCUGGCUAUCAGGUCUGGGCCAAGACGGUGGAGUCCUAUGUGAAGCAGUUGUGUAUGCAGGAGCAGUUCCUCAAAGCCGCCUCCCACCUGGUGUCCGUCCACAAGCUAUACGAAGCCAUCGGCCUACUCAAAGCUCACCAGCUGUACAGGGAAGCCAUAGCGCUGGCAAAAGCCCGGCUGCGGGCAGAGGACCCCGUGCUGAAGGAUCUUUACAUGACCUGGGCUGCUGUGCUGGAGAGGGAUGGCCAUUAUACUACUGCUGCUAAAUGCUAUCUUGCUGCAGAUGCCAGUUUUGAUGCAGCCAAGGUCAUCGCUAAGAAAGGGGAUGUCAUGUCGCUGAAGACGGCUGCCAACCUGGCAAAGAUCGCCGGGGAGAGCAACCUGUCCCAGUCUCUGUCCCUGAGAUGUGCCAAGGACCUGAUGCUCUCGCAAGACUGGCUGGCGGCGCAGGAUAUCUUGAGCAAACAAGACACCUUACUGGGUCACAGGCUUCAGUUCUGCGUGAGCGAGAUGCUCACUCGUUGUCUGGCACACACCGGCGUGGUGACCUGGAGCCUCACCUCCAUGCAUGCCUGGUCUGAACCCGCUGACGAGGGCUUCCUAGCUGCUGUGUGCAGGGUGUGGAAGAAUGUGUUUGGUCUCGUCCCCACUGACCUGGACGAGAUGAGAGCACUUCAUCAUCAGCUGAGAGCCAUAGAAAACCCACCUGCCACAGCCAGUGUGCCCAUGAAGCAGCUCCUGUUUCAUGUGGCUUUGGACGUAGCUCUUUCUGUGCUCAGUCAGCUGCUGGGUGACUGGGCUUCCGUAGUGGAGGAGCUUCUACGAGCUGUCACUCGGGGGUUUGAGGCAGGCCAUUUCACUCUAAUGACUGAGAUGUGCGAGCUUCUCCUGCCCCAAGGUAUGGAUUCUGUAGAGGUGUAUAAGCGAAGACUAAUGAAAGAUGAUGAAGAAAGCUUGGAUGUUUACCAAAGUCUGGAGGCUUUUGUCUGUUACCAGUUCAUGUACAGAGACUGGUGGAGGCACAGCUGCUGUAGCAACACAAACUCCCAUAGCACUGAAGACAUGAAUGGUCAAACACCAGUGGAGAAUGGAGACCCAAACCACGAAACAAGAACCACAAUACAGUCAAAGGACCAAGAUGUUGAAGCCACUGUGAGGUCUAAGGGCUCAGUUGGGGAAGGCUUCUGGAAGAUUCUUCUUUCUGAGCCCCAUGCCAACCUUCAAGCCACUCAGAGAGCCAUAGAAGACAUUCAGAGCAGAGUGAGCCUCCUGGUCCAACAUCACCAUCCCCAGGAACCCCAGCCAAACCUGUGCGCACUGCCACAGACUGGCUUCUGUGAUAUCACUCAGGAGCCAAGUAGCUUGGAGGGACCUGUAGGCUUGGAGAGCAAGCAAAGAUCUUCUGUUGCAGAGAGCGAGUCCUUUCCUGCCCUGGUUGUACAGGUUACUGAGCAUCAGAAAAGGAUUGCUGCUAUCCCCGAUCAUCUGAAAAAAUACCCAUUCCCUGAUGUCCUUGAAUGUUGUAUUGUCCUCUUGUACAUGAAUAAGCACUUUGGAGUAAUUCCCCGUCAUGUGUGUGUGGAGGCAAGCAGUUUGUUGGUUAGAUAUGGAUCUACAAGUUCUCUCCAUAAAGCUUGGCAGAAACUCACUUUAUAAUAAUUUUACUGUCUAAAGAGCACUUACACAUUUCUCACUGAUAGGUAUAUAUUUGUAUUUUUGUUUAGGCACACUUACCUGACAAAUGGUCAGUUAUAUUGCUGUCAAAACAUGAAUCAACAUGUUUUUUCCUAAUUGUUUUAAACUGUCAAUAUUAAAGGUACAAGGGUAAGAAUGUA